AUGCACAUAUUCAUCGAGCGUGCAGUCGAUCCGCUGACGGCCCGUUACCUUGGGCCCCUCUCUCUGGCCCCUGCGCUGGCCCCACAGAUAGCAGGAGGGAAGAGCACAGACACUUCUCCCUCACGGCUCCGCUCCUCUUACACCAUAGCGGGCAAAAGCCGGCCCGCAGAGCGCCCCGCGCUCUCGCGGCUCGUGGGCUUGGGCCGUGGAGGGGCCCGCAGGCGGCUGGUGGUGGUGGGGGUGGGAGUCGGGGUGCUUGGGGUGGUCUUGGUCCUGGUCUUGGUGGUACUCAUCCCUGUUCUGGUGAACAGCGCAGGCGGGGCGCACUAUGAGAUGCUGGGCAGCUGCAGGAUGCUCUGUGACCCCUAUGCCAGCGGCACGCUCUCGCCCAGCAGCACUGCGCCUGCACAGGCGCCCGAGGACAGCGCAUUGCAGUCGCUACCCACUUUUAUCCAGGGGCCCAAAGGAGAGCCAGGCCGUCCCGGGAAGAGUGGCUCCAGAGGCCCGCCUGGAGAGCCAGGCGCACCAGGUCCGCCGGGACCCCCUGGAGAGCGGGGUGAGCCAGGUAGAGGGGGCCCGCCAGGACUCCCCGGGCCCCCAGGGGCCAGCGCCACAGGGGCCAUCAGUGCGGCCACUUACAGCACCGUGCCCAGGAUCGCCUUCUACGCCGGCCUCAAGAAGCAGCACGAGGGCUAUGAGCUGCUCAAGUUUGAUGACGUGGUCACCAACCUGGGGAACCACUACGACCCGAGCAGCGGAAAGUUUACCUGCUCCAUCCCCGGAACGUACUACUUCACCUACCACGUGCUGAUGAGGGGGGGUGACGGGACAAGCAUGUGGGCUGACCUGUGCAAGAACAACCAGGUGCGGGCCAGUGCCAUUGCCCAGGAUGCAGACCAGAACUACGACUACGCCAGCAACUCGGCUGUACUGCACCUGGAGCCGGGGGACGAGGUCUACAUCAAACUGGAUGGAGGCAAGGCCCACGGGGGCAACAACAACAAGUAUAGCACCUUCUCUGGAUUCAUUAUCUACGCCGACUGA